AUGUCGUGUUUAAAUCCUUGUAACUGGUUUUCUAAGUUUGACCCAUCGAAGAUAUUGGCGUUUGCUGAGAUGUAUCCGGAUGAUUUUACUACACAAGAACUAGGGACUCUUUUGGGUGAUAUUGAGUCAUUUCGUUACACUAUAAAUGAUGAUGAUAGAUUUGCUAACUUAAAUGGAAUAAGUGAUCUUGCUCGUCUUAUGGUGGAAACCGAAACACAUAGUUCUUGUCCUUUGGUUUAUCGGGUAGUGAAGCUAGCUUUGGUUUUACCAGUUACAACCGCAACCGUUGAAAUAUGUUUUUCUAAAUUGAAGCUUGUUAAGACAUAUUUACGCAAUGGAAUGGACCCGGAAUAUUUGAACAAUGUUAGGGUUUGUGCGGUCGAACAAGAAACUUUUGAUAAAGUAAAAGAUGACGACGUGAUAGAACGAUUUCAAGCUAUGAGAAAAAAAAGAGGGCAAAUCUAUUAG